GUGAACGCGCACGACAGCGCGUUGCUGCUGUAGGUUCACAGUGUACAGACAUGGCUGUCCUGAGUAAAAUACCACACAACUGCUACGAGAUCGGUCAUACCUGGAACCCGUCGUGUGCUCAGGCUGCUGUGGAUGUAACCAAGGGUGCUCUGGAGGUCUCUUUCAAAAUAUACGCCCCUCUUUACCUGAUAGCAGCUGUUCUAAGGAGAAGGAAGAAAGACUACUAUUUAAAAAGACUUCUCCCUGAGAUCCUAUGGUCUACCUCUUUCCUCACUGCCAAUGGAGGUCUCUACAUUGUUUUCUUCUGCAUCCUCAGGAAACUUCUCGGUGGAUUCUACUCCUGGUCUGCUGGGUUUGGCUCAGCACUGCCUGCCUCCUAUAUUGCCAUCCUCUUGGAACGCAAGAGCCGGAGAGGACUGCUGACAAUAUACAUGACAAAUCUUGCCACUGAAACUUUGUUCCGCAUGGCUGUGACUCGAGGCAUCGUGAAACCCAUCAGACAUGGCGAGGUGCUCCUGUUCUGCCUAACUGCAUCGCUCUACAUGUUCUUCUUCAGGAGUAAAGAUGGUCUCAAAGGCUUUGCAUUCUCUGCAUUAAAGUUCAUCAUUGGGAAGGAAGAGAUUCCAACUCACUCUGGCAUGGUGGAACAUAUCUGCACAAGGCCUCUUGAGAGGACAGCUGCUAUAGAGUCUGAGGAUUCACAGCUGUCAGCUAGAAGGCCCAGCUCCAGGAGGAAAACUCUGAUAGCCUGCACCAAGGAGCUGCUAGAAUCAAUAUGCAAACAGGGUCCAAGACACAGAUGUUGUAAACAUUACCAAGACAACUGCAUUUCAUACUGUGUUAAGGGUUUUGUCAGGAUGUUCAGCAUUGGCUACCUGAUUCAGUGUUGUCUUAAAGUCCCCUCAGCGUUCAGACAGAUGUUCUCCAGACCUUCGCGACUCCCCUCCCUCUUCUACAACAAAGAGAACUUCCAGCUAGGGGCAUUUCUAGGAUCUUUCGUCAGUAUCUACAAGGGAACAAGCUGUUUGCUGCGCUGGGUGCGUAACAUUGAUGAUGAGCUUCAUGCACUGAUAGCUGGCUUCCUGGCCGGCAUCUCAAUGUUCUUCUACAAAAGCACAACAAUAUCCAUGUACCUAUUCUCUAAGCUGGUGGAGACCAUGUACUUCAAGGGCAUUGAGGCUGGCCGGUUCCCAUACUUUCCGCAUGCAGACACUGUUCUGUAUGCCAUCUCCACUGCUAUCUGUUUCCAAGCAGCUGUGAUGGAAGUGCAGAACCUCAGGCCGACAUAUUGGAAGUUCCUGCUGCGUUUAACUAAGGGCAGGUUUGCUCUGAUGAACCGACAGUUGCUAGAUGUGUUUGGGACUCAGGCCUCCAGGGACUUUAAGGGCUUUGUGCCCAAACUAGACCCUCGGUUCACCACAGUGCUUCCACCAGGAGCCGACAUCCAACUGGGAUGACUUGGGACCAGGCUCUGUGGAGAGGGGCUUUAGGGUUACCUCAACAGGAAAGGAACAGUUGGCCUGUUCUUUCUUUUUUUUUUUUUUUAAAGGUGUUACAACAGCUCAGAAGUGGUGAUGUUGUUUUAGGAGAUGGAAUAUGCUUUGAAGGAUGUACAAGCCCAAGAUCUGUCCAAAGCAGGGUGUCAUGAGUAUCAAGUGUGUUGUUUCAUGAGUACAUUUACUGAUUGCGAUUGUAUGAAUACAGGUAACUGGUGAAAUAAAUUAAACAUAUAAUUUUGUUCAAUUGGCACUAAAAUUAAAAUUGACAAUUGAUAAAAGUAUUUUAAGACCUAAUGAAACCCAUAACCAUAUAAGACAAAUGAUUGGUGAUAAAUGAUUCAUUUAUGUUUUGUCAAGUUGUAAAUUUGCAUUUGGCAGGAUCAUAUUAACCUGUUCUACAAGGUAUGGAUAGUAUUAGUGAAGAAGUUCAUCCAAAUAACAAACAAAAAACAAAAUUGGUUUACAGGAAAAUUAAAAAAAAAAAAGACUCCUCAGGAUGCAACAACAUUCCUUUUAUCCUUUAAUCAGAAAGUUUCUUCUUUUUGCAGGUUACCUGUAAGUUGGUACUGACUGAACUCACUUUGGUUACUUUCAUGUCAGGGUGAAACUCACUAAUCUUUCUAGAGCAGGCACAGUGAUACCAGAUUUUGACUCUGGUUUAAGAGGAGAGAGAAUGAAUGUGUGCUUUUACAAGACAAUGGGUACAACUGAUGAGAUAUAUAAUUAUGUAGCCUUAUCAAAUAUUUUAUUGUAUAGUAGACAAUGGGAGAUGUAUUUAGUUCCAUGAUGUGAAACACACAGGUGGAAAGUCACCAUGUUUUAUGUAUCUUAAUUGUUUUUUUUUAAAUGGAGUUGAGCAUUUUUUUUUUUUCCAAAUCUCUACCUUUACUCACAUUAGAGUUUUUUUGAAACUGCACUUGACGGUAGUGAUUUGAACUGAGUCACCUUUAAAGAUGCUUAAUGGGGUAAAAGAAAGCACCAAGGACUGUGCCAAAUUUGGAGGCCAAUUUUGUGAACAAAAUUGUUUGGUGACGUAUCUGUUAUACAAGACUUGUAUCCACUGUAUUACACUUAAUUAACAGAAAAGAGUCCCAUAAUUUCACAUUGAAGAUAUUUAAAUUUACAGAAAAUAUAGUUAAGGAAACACAGUCAGAUUUUUUAUUUUUUUUUAUUUUAUUUUUUUUUACAAGAAACCAGAUUAUUGGGUGAAGUCAUGUUUUGGCAGGAAAUCAGAGGAUGCACUUGCAGUACAUACAGAGCAUUGACCUGAUUACUUUAAACCUUCAUUUACAGUUUGCGGGUUGUCAGUAAUCACAUUUCUCCUCCACCAUAUUUUUGCAAAGAGAUGGGUUUAUUAUAAAUAUAUUAAAGGUUUAUGGUAUUUUAGAAAAAUGUAGUCAUAUAUCAGGCUACAGCCUGAAGAGAUUAUUUGGUCCCAGGACUUGGAGCUGUGCAAACCAAUUUAUUUAGACUCAUUUACUUUAACUUCAGUUUUAGUCUGACUUUGGAUUGAAAUAUUUUGGUCACAAGUAUUUUUUUUUUUUCAUUACUCCCUCCACCCUGCCAUUACAAUGACACUUUCCUUAUUGUCAAAGUUUGUGACAUGUUUGAAAUCAGAUACUUGGUACUCCUUCAGCUCUUCUCUUUACAGUGAAAUGCAUAUGUUCUCUAUAUUUCAUGCAAAAACUCUUUAAUUAAUGUAAGAAAAGACUUGAUGAGAGAAUCAGCCCCUAAGUUUAGAAACAACCUUUUGAUUUUCAAAUGUAUCACGUGACCUAUAUCAUUGUAAAACACUUUGAAAUAUGAUGCAUAGUGAGAUAUGCAAUGGAGAAAAAAAAUUAAAAUUCACUUGAGUCAGCCUAAGCCAUCAUUUUCAUUUUACUCCCUGCGGGUGUUUGGGUUAGAUGUAACUGCAAUAUUUAAUAUUCACUAACACAGGCCAAACCCAAACACAGUUUGAAUUAACGAUUGAUGUUGUCUCAGCUUAUAAAAUAUAAAGAAAAUAGUGUUGGCUAUUUGCAUCUUAAUUAAUGCUUACUGGCAGUUCCAAGGUGAACCCUACUGCUUAAAAUCCACAUUGAUUGAAACAUUGUUUACUGAGGAAUUUGGUGCGAAGCAUUUGCCUGAAGGUUACAAGGAAUCUGUUUCUGUGAAUAAAAGGGGGCACAGCUCAAUCUGCUUUUGUUUUUGAUUUUUGUUGUUGAGAGAUAAGGAGGUUUGCCAAAAAGAUGAUUUGAAUUUUAAACCUUUCAUGUUCUCUGAAAAGUGUGAAUUACAACUCUUACUAAGUCAUAGGUGGUCACAGUUUCUGAAAUAAUUAGGAACGCUCAUGUAAUAUUUCAGCCUUCAACUCAAGUUACACUAUUACACCUUUAUUUUUUCAAGUGGACCAUUCAUAAUAACUUCAUUCCAGAUGUGAAAUUGUUACAUAUAAUAAGAGUGUAAAAUUCUUACAUUGUCUUGUAGAAGUCUCACUUUUCUGGCAGUUAUUUGAACUGCCAGUUUGUUUACUUUAUAUUUUGAAUUCAGUUGUUCAACCCAGCUUUAGACACAUCUGACCUCCAUACCAGAAGCCAUGAUUGUAAAAAAAAAAAACAUAAAGAAAAAUAAAAAUAAGUGCAAAAUUCAUGUGUAGACUAAAGUAGAAGUGUCUUAAAAAAUAUAUAUUAACUAAAUCUAUGGUAUAGAAUUAUAAUACAACUCCCUGGAAAUGUAUUUGAUUUGUGUAAAAAGGUGUAUAUUAAAAUAUUUUUUGAUUCCAAGUA